AUGAAGCUGAAAUUCCUUUGGCAGUGGUCCCGUCGCGCGCCAGGCCCUACGUCUCGAAUCGCUAGCGAGGAACGCGAGAGCACUCCCCAGAAUGCGACAGCCAAGAGGGGCCAAGAUGGUACGAAGCCGCACCGCGCGCUUCAUCUUGACGGCCUCAAAGGUCUCAUCGCCCUCCAAGCAUGGGUCUACGCCUUCUUUCUCAUUCUUUGUCCAGGUGAGUCUCUAUCGACCCACUUCAAGCCAUUCAACGGCGCUUCUUACUCCGCACUCUGGAUCCUUCUAAGGAGUGAUCACCGAUACUUCAGUAGAUGGUGCUCAGCCUGCUGCAUUCCUGCUCGGUGGACCAAAGUGGCAGGACAAGAUUCGCAAAGUAAUGUCGCCGCUGCUCUUCGACGGCUCUCUACAAGUCUCCUUCUUUCUCAUGAUCUCUGCUAGGGUGAUCAGCGAGGGCGAGUCUUGUUCCCGUCUUGUCUUCCUACCACGCCCCAACGCUGACAUGCCCUGCAUACGCCUUGCUCCCUCGGACGGCUCGUGGGCUCGUAGACUUCUUCAAGAAUCCCGACAUGGCUGGGCUCUCGCGAAGCAUAUACCUUCGUCCGCACCGUUUCGUUCCGCUCGUGGCUGUCGCGGUAGGCUCGACUCGCAUCUUGCUAGCUCUUCAAGCCUUCAAUUCCGCCAAUCGAUGGUCAGAACGACUGCCCAGCCUCUACUCAGUCGCGCCAGCCUCUUUCAGCUCCUUUCAACAAUACCUAUACAUCCUGACGAGCAUCUUCUUUUCCACUCACGACCAUCUGGAUUAUCGUCCCGACAGCUUCUACCUAUCUCCCCGAAACACCUCUUGGGCCCUGGCUCGCAUUUUUCAACAGAGCUUUACGGUCUACGCGUUGCUGGUCAUCCUGCCAUUCGUGCGCGCCAAGUACCGCCUCGGAGGUCUUGCAGCUUUCGCCCUAGUGGCCGCCUGGGUCGGAAGUUGGGCUUGGUACUCCGUGUCAGGUGUAAUCAUCAGCGAUCUCUCUCACCGAGGAGUCUUGCAAUCCAUCAGCCGAUCCUCUUGGAAAGUCGGUCGGUUCGCGAUUCGCAAGUGCACUUUUGCUACUUGCCUUUUCCUUGUAGGAGCAAUGCUCAAGUACGCAGGCGCGGUCUGGCCAAGCGUGCGUAAAGCUGAGCUGGUCGCUCACGCAGCGCAGUCCACCGCAAGACUCAACCGCAACUUCGAUACCUCUCAAAAAGCCUACCCUCGCUUCGACAAUUGGUUCGUGGUCAUGGCGAUCCUCUGUCUUGUGGAGAUGAGUCCGAGAACGCGCAAGGUUCUGAGCGCCAAGCCUCUGCGCACGUUUUGCAAGCUUUCACUUGGUAGGUCGAUUGUUGAUUGGUCGUAAGCGCAAAUACUUUCAAAUCGCUCAUGUUUCGAAGCAACCCUUGCCUUUGCCACCUCGGUCCAGCGCUCCAUCUUGUCUCGGGUCUGGUCAUUCAGACGCUGGGCAGCGAGUUGGUAGAAGUGUCGAUUGCGCGCACGAAUCGAGCAGGUACAAUCCUCAGGACCAAGGACUUCUCCGUUGCCCUGGCGAUAGCAUUCAUCGUGUGUUUUCCUCUCUCGGUCAUCAUCGCCAAGAUGAUAGCCUGGGGGCUGGACAGACCUUGGCGCAGAUUUGCCGUCCACAGCUGGGAAUGGCUAAGCUGCUGAUUCGAGCUGCGAUCGGUGCAGCUCUCCCUUAG